GGUUUUUUUUAUUCCUCGGGUAGCUCUUCUCAGUCAACUUGCCUAUUCUGUGAAUUAUUGCAGUGAUGGUUGUUAGAGCUGUGCUGACAAUUCUCGCGGCAUCAUCUUACAAGGUGGCGUGCUACUACGUGUACGACGUGAUACCCCCCGCGAUCCCAGAGAGCGUGAUGAUGUUGUCGAUGAGAUUGGUAAUUCGAGGAUGAGAGAAAUGUUGUAUUGGGGAAAGUUUCGGACGGGACUCGUUGACUCCGAUCUGAGGAAUUCCCGCUGCACAAUGCUCAUCGCACUUUCCCUAAGGUAGCUGAAAGGUAGCUGCCAUCUACAUGAUGUGUGGUUAUGAUGACCAACAUCGAAACCAUACCAGCAAAGGAAAAAAAAAGUAUCUAAAACCACCGCUUCAAAGUAACCAUAUCAUCCCGCUAUACCCAAUAAACCGCCAGCUUCGCUUCGCCAGCAACGUACCACGCCCUCGGGGCUUCUCUCACUCAUUCACUCGCUCACUCACCACCCUUACCACUACCACUACCACUACCACCACCUUUACCAUUACCACUACCACCACCACUACCACCACCUUUACUACCACCACCACCACCACCUUUACCAUUACCCUUCUCCCUAUCCUUAUCCUCACCAUCCCCAUCCCCAUCCACAGGAUCCAUCAAAGUAAGCCUCAGCCCCUCAAACGCAUUAUGAAAUUCACGAGUAUACGGCGACAUUUCCCCCAUCCGGUUAAGCUGCUGGACAAGUUUAUGCCUCUGGGCGAUAGUCAUCAUACAAGUUUUUCGCAGCAUAUUACUGUAGCAUUGGGAGUUAGGUUAGUUACCUAUACGAGAUCUGCACUCACGAAUAAAAAGAUAGGGGGAGGACUUGCGCUGCACUUAUAGCACUUGCGACACGCUUUUCCCUCUGGACGUCCAUUUCUGCUCGGAUUCUUUCCCUCUGCUCGUUCUGGUAGUGGGCUGCGAGGUUGAGGGCGGUGAGGAGACACACCUGGUAAGAUAUACGCG